GCGAGCGAGCGCGAGCGGCAGUCUCUUUUGAAGCGACUGAAAGUUGGUCUGCAGACUUUGUUCAGCCGUUACCGAGGGGACCGGGGAGACACCGAACAGGGCAACAGACGACAGCGGAGAGACUUAUGGAUUAAUUUUACCCCCCCCCCCCCGCCAUUUUUAGAAGACUUUCUGUAGAUAAACAACGGCGGAAACCUGGUUUAGUCCCCCUCAUCUGGUCCUUCCCAACCUUCCUACCCUUUAUCCCCAUUGGCUCUUGUUCCCAGAGGGCGGAGAUAAGCAUGGGGUAAGACAGCUGAGACUAAACGCCAAGACAACGCCAGCUGAAGAGGUACACUCACCUGCACUGGUGGUGUCCGGUGGAAGACUGCCAUGGCAUUACUGCGUUGGAACCUAAAGCUUAUGGUGACACUGAUGAUGGUCAACCUCUUUAUCUUCAUCCUCAUCACCCGUAACAGCAGCACAGACAAAGAUGGCCAUCGGAAGCCCACUGUUCCCACCGAUCCAUUCUGGACCAAGCUGGCCCCCAGCUCCCCCUACUGGAACCGCCAGCAGCAGAUUGUGGACCUUCAGCACAAUCCCAUCAUCACCUUGAACUCCAGCAUUGCAGACUUGCCCGACUGGCUCAACGACACCAGUUUACCUUCCGACCCCUGCCAGCCCAACCUCAGGGUCAGAACUCAGGUUAAAGACUACAACUCUUUACCGAACCGCUUCAAGGACUUUCUGCUCUACAUGCGCUGCCGGUCCUACCCCAUCCUCAUGGACCAGCCGGACAUUUGUAACGACCCCCCUUUCCUGCUCCUCGCCGUCAAGUCCCUGGCGCCGCACUUUGACCGACGACAGGCCAUCCGCCAAUCCUGGGGUUCGGCUGGCGUCGUCGCCAACAUGACGGUGGUCACUAUCUUCCUUCUGGGGAACACCACAGCUGUGGACUACCACCCAGAUCUGUCCGAGAUGCUGCAGUUCGAGAGCCGACGACACAAAGACAUAGUGCAGUGGGACUUUAGAGACUCCUUCUUUAACCUGACGAUCAAGGAGCUCCUCUUCUUGGAGUGGAUCCAGACCCGUUGCCCUGGCGCCCGCUACAUCUUCAAAGGCGACGACGACGUCUUUGUCAACACCUACCGUAUCCUGGACUUUCUCAAGGGCCUGUCAGGGCCCAAAGCCAGGGAUCUGUUUGUGGGUGACGUGAUCACCAAUGCGGGGCCCCACCGGGACAAGAAGCUCAAGUACUUCAUCCCAGAGAGCAUGUACACCGGACCUUACCCACCAUAUGCAGGAGGAGGGGGCUACCUAUACUCCGGAGACCUCGCCGCACGCCUGCAUAACAUCUCGCAACACGUGGUACUCUAUCCCAUCGAUGAUGUCUACACCGGGAUGUGCCUCCGGAAGCUGGGGCUCGCGCCGGACAAGCACAAAGGAUUCCGGACCUUUAACAUAGAGGAGAAGUACCGGUCGAACCCGUGCGCGUACAAGAGCCUGAUGCUGGUUCACCCCAGGACGCCGCAGGAGAUGAUCCAGAUCUGGUCCUGGCUCAACCGACCUGACCUCACCUGCCAGUAAUCAGACCGAAGGGACCCAGCUGGCUCGGUUUGGCCCCAAAAAGUGACAUGCUUUGGGGUAUAUAUAUUUUUUUUUUAUCUUGAACAGGGUCGUGACUUAAAAGUUGGCAGCUUUAAGUUAAGACUACAUAAAGUUGUGGGAGAGUUGGAUAUUAUUUUGACUUCCUCAAACUAAUUCUGCUGGCUUAGAUUCUUUCAAAGUGAAUGUCUUCAAAAAUGGAUAUUUAUGUCACAUCUAUUUAUAAAGGCUUUAUACUGCUUAAACACUGUCAACUCCUCAUGGAGUUACUGCUGUAUUAAUGUGGAGAAAGUUAUAGGACGUAUCGGUGAAAAAAAGCACCAAACAACCGGCUAGGAAAGACGAUCCCGGGCAACACCUUGUAGUUUUUUUUAUUUAUUACCAUUUCCUUGAGGCUUAAACUGUGCUGGUAUUCCCGUCAUCCUCCCUGAAGUAUUUACAUGUGACACUCCAAGCAGAGCUUCAGCAUGACUUUUAUUAGUAUGUAUUUUUAAAUGAGUCGCUUAUCUGAUCAGAAAGAGUUGUUACAGAAAUUCAUAGGUGUUUCACAUUGUCUGUAAUGAAGAUGCUUUGCUUUCACGUGUUUUUCUUUUUUUGUGGAUGUUGUGUUACAGCAGACUGGGUCUCUGGAUAAAAUGGUGGCCUGGUUCUGUUUCGCUCAGCAGGAAGGACGGUGAGCUGGAGAAAUCCAAGGAUUAAAAACAACCUGGGUGUGAAUUUUAUUGGAGAUUAGGUUUUUAUUUAUGAGUCGAUAAUCAGUGCUAAAUCUUCCACCAGAAUGUCUGACAAAAGAGGGUUGCGUUUCCAUCCCGUCACGAAGCUGAUACUGAAAUGUUUACCAGUUAAAUUGUUUUGUUUUUUUUUUCUAAAAUGGUCCAGAUUCAUUUUAGGAGGAAACUAUUACCUUAUCAGCUUUAGAGAUGGUGCUUUUUCCUGCUGGUCUUUUUUUUUUUUUUUUUUUUUUUUUUUUUAAGGAAUGCUGCUUUUUUUUGUUUUGAGAAUAUUCAUUACAGCUAUUUGGAAAGUAGAAGAAAUGCACUGUGCACAACAUGUUAAUACAGAUACAAGUGUUUUUCUCUGUUAGGAUUCUGAUAGGAAAUGUCUGAAAUGUCGUUUUUAGUAUGAAGCUGAUCCUAUCUUUUCAAACCUCACAUUAUUUUCUGUUAAAGAGGCUCCCCCUGCUGGUCAGGGUAACAAACUCAGGCUUGCUAAUGCUUUGUAUGUCUCUAGAUUAGAACUGGUUUUGUUUUUACCAUCAGUCCAUAUUUACUCUGUUGCCUCUUAGAAUCCCCACACUGCAGUCGCCUGUGAUUGUCUACUUUAAAAUAUUAAAACACUAAAACGAGCUAAAGAAUCAACAGCCACUCAAUUCAUACUUUAAAAAUAGUUUAAAUACAAGUAAAAACACAUUUUUAAUUGUUUUCUUAUCAGUAAUUGGUUAAAUUCUCUCUCUGAACACAGUUGGUGGCUACUUCACAUGUUUACUUGGUGUCCUAUUCAUACAUUUUAGCAAAUUUUGUGACUUAUGUUCUGUUUUUUUUAGUUUUUUCUUUCACGUUCUCUAGUUAGAUUACAUCUUGCUUUUACCUUAUGUUGCUCUCUUUCCUUUUCCUCAGACUCGCCGCAGAUAAUCCAGUUGAAUGUUUCCAAACUAAAGAGUUUUCACAUCAUACUUGCUUUUCUAAAACCCAAAUGUUUUUUGCUCAUCACAGUCGAAGCUGCACAGCAGUCGAAAAUGAUCACCAAACCAGAUGUACUGUAUGUGUGAGGAUGUUCUUCAGUCGCGUUAAUUAAGCUUGUUUUAAGCAAAUUAUUUAAUUUUCAAUAAAGGUAUUUUUUUGUAUGGUGA